GAUAAUAUAUAAAAUUGAACAAAUCCUAUCCUCUUCAAAUUACCCCAAAAUCGUCAUUGAUUUCAUCCGAAGUUCGUACCCCCUCCAAUUACGAAACAGAUUUUAUCAUUUCGAUAAACGAAUGGAGGAACAGUUUAUACUGAGGGUGCCACCCUCUGUCGCCGAGCGUAUAGAUCGCCUUUUAGACGAGAAUGCUUCAGACGACAAGUCACUGGAUUUAUCAUUCUCCGAUGAUGGGAGGAACGGCACGUUUGUUAUAGGCGAUGACCAUUUUCCCGCAUCCUUAUUGGACCUUCCAGGCAUUGUAGAGUCUUACAAGACUUAUGAUGACAGUGUUCUGAUAAAAACUGCAGAUGUUGGCCAAAUUAUUAUGGUGAGAGAUGAGGGUGAUCCUGCUCCAGAUGUGGUGGAGUACCGCCAUGGUCUUACACCGCCAAUGAGAGACGCUAGAAGGCGUAGGUUUCGCAGGGAGCCUGAUUUAAAUCCUGAACUUGUCCGGCGGGUAGAGAAAGAUUUGCUAAACAUCAUGAAUGGUGGUACAGCUGAAGUUGUCGAUACGGAAAUGGGUGAGCAAGAGGAAGUCGGUGAUGGGAGUGCUCGUAACGCUAGGAAAAAAGCAGCACCCGCACCCCCUUCAAAACCGAGUGUUUCAGGGGCUGGAGCAAAUGCAGGAGAGCCUGAAAGAAGUGAUUCUGAUGAGUCUGAUGACUCAAUGUAAUAUUCCAAAGUACAAAAUAUAUGUAAGAAGUAACACAAAUGAAAGAAGAUAACGUCGUGUACUAUUUUGUGAUAACUUUUAGUAAUUAAUGCAGUUUCUUGUAAAUGUUUGGGAUUUGAACGGUUAAAACAAAUGUGUUCGGGUAGAGACUUUGCUUAAA